AUGGUGGAACUCAUGAAGUUUACCAGAGACAUUUGCCGAUUUUUGGGAAUUGGUCGCGAAGAACCCAUUGUGCAGGAGAAGUUAGAGUGUGAGAAUGGGGCUUCAGCUGACCAGAAGAGCAGGUACAAGCGACAGCGAGAGAGGAAGAAGCAGGAAAAUGAGGAGAAGAAUGAUUUCCCUUUACAGGACUGGGAGGAUGAGGAGGAAGAGGGGGAGGAGGAAGAAGAUGAUGUUGAAGAGGCAUCAACGGAAUGUGACAGAGGCAUCAGGGUAGAGAAGGUUCAGGACACGGAAGUCUGUCACCAUGGCAACAAGCCGGAACCUUUGCUCACCACCUCGGUGGAGAGGAGCAAUGGACAGCUUCCUGACAACCAGCCAGAGGAGGAUCCAGAGUGGGACGUUAGUAGUGCUUUUGUGGUUAAUGCAGUGAGCCAUAUCCGACCCAGAGGCAGGACCAAAUCAUGCCAAAGCUCCAGAGACAAAGACAAUGAGACCAGAGUGAACGGCACAGACAUGCGGAAGAAGAGAGGUGCUGCACUAACAGAGAAAGGCAUCAAGCUGUUCAAACAGGGUCUGUACUCUCAGGCUGUCAGUAUGUUUACAGAGGCCAUUCAGUGUGACCCCAAAGACCACAGAUUUUUUGGGAAUCGUUCUUAUUGCUAUUGGUGUCUGGAGCAGUAUACUGCUGCCCUGUCAGAUGCACAGAAGUCCAUCCAGCUGGCUCCUGACUGGCCAAAGGGAUAUUUCCGUAAAGGGAGUGCACUGAUGGGGUUGAAGAGAUAUAUGGAGGCAGAGAAAGCCAUGCAGCAGGUUCUGAAGUUAGAUAAAGACUGUGAAGAGGCUACUCAUGAAUUGCACAACUGUAGAGUACUGCAGCUCAUGGAGAUGGGUUUUGGAGAGGUGCAGAGUGUUUUGCUGUUGGAGAAGUUUACUACAGUUCAGGCAGUGUUAAGCUCCCCAGGGGCAGCUAAAGGUUCAGACACCCUCUGUUUUCUACUCAGAGCCCCCUGUCCCUCCCUGUGGGUGGGUAAUGUGACGCUUGGAAUUUCGGAGAGGCGUUUGUGGGACCUUUUUGAAACCUGCGGGAAGAUCGACAGCAUCCGAGUCUUACAUGAGCGCCUCUGUGCUUUCAUCAACUUCAGAAAUGCCGGCAUGGCUGCACGAGCCUUAGAGAAGCUGCAGGGGGUGGAGCUUGAAAAUACGAGGCUUGUCAUUCGCUACCCAGACCGCUGGAUGCAGAAAUCCCUGCCUUCUCAGAAGACUGUCUCCUCCUCUUCACAACAGUCUGUUGCUGCAGGUUGUCGACACAGAGGUCCAGUGAACGGGGACGAAUGUUUCUUCUGGAGGACCACUGGAUGCUUCUUCGGAGAUAAAUGCCGUUAUAGGCAUGUCCCAGAUCAACGAGGGAGGGACAGGAAACCAUGGCAACCCUGA